GUUCGGUUGCACGGCGAGCUUUAUAGCAACCGUUGCCCUGAGCUGCAGCGCCAUAGUCACCGUAGUCCUGGCGACUGUAACCCGCCAACAAUAACAACAACAACCCGCUCCUCUCCUCUCCAUCCUUACAGCACCUUCCUCUCAUCCUCAUCCUCACAGCACUGCAGGCGCCAUGCAGACCCCAGAGGCAGGCGCUGACUCCGCGUCUAACGUUCCCCUCCAGACCAGCGUGCCUGUGCAGCCUGCGGUCAGUGCACAGCAGGUGGCGUCUCAGGUACCCAUCCAACAACAGGCGCAGACUGUUCAACAGGUCCAGCAUGUGUAUCAGGCACAGGUGCAGUACGUUCAGGAGGAAAACAACAGCGUUUACACCAAUGGAACCAUACGGACGUAUUCUUAUGCCGAGCCACAGCAGCUGUACAACCAGAACAACGCCGGGAACUACUUCGAUACGCAGGGCAAUUCGGCUCAGGUGAGCACCGUGGUCACGACGCACAGCAUGUCCAACAACGGUAACGGCAACGGCGCUCUGGCCAUGGGCCUGUCGGGAGGUCAGAUCAUCAGCAGCUCUGGAGCUUAUCUGAUUGGAGGAAACUCCAUGGACGGCUCCGCCCCUCACACUGCAGCGCAAAGCACCAGAGCCUCUCCUGCCACGAUUGAAAUGGCGAUUGAGACGCUCCAAAAGUCUGAAGGUUUGUCCAGUCAGAGAAGUUCGCUGCUCAACAGCCAUCUGCAGUGGUUACUGGAUAACUAUGAGACAGCAGAGGGCGUGAGUCUGCCCCGUUCAACCCUCUACAAUCACUACCUGCGUCACUGUCAGGAGCAGAAGCUCGACCCAGUUAAUGCUGCUUCUUUCGGGAAACUCAUCCGCUCCAUCUUCAUGGGGCUCCGCACUCGCCGCUUGGGCACCCGGGGAAACUCCAAGUAUCACUAUUAUGGGAUCCGCGUGAAGCCGGACUCUCCUCUGAACCGACUGCAGGAGGACAUGCAGUACAUGGCAUUGAGACAGCAGCCCGUCCAACAGAAGCAGAGAUUCAAGCCACUACAGAAGGUGGAUGGAAUGACAGGGGAGAACUUCAGCAGUGGGCAGCACACUCCUACUACUGCAGAGCAGAACUUCAUUGCUCAGAGUCAGCACCAUCAGCAGUUCCUGGAUGCCUCCAGAGCUCUGCCAGAGUUUGUUGAACUUGACCUCGGAGAGCCUGUGGAAGGCAUCAACUCAGAGGACGUCAAAGCCCUUCAGACGCUAUACAGAGAGCACUGCGAGGCCAUUUUGGAUGUGGUGGUAAACCUUCAGUUUAAUCUAAUAGAGAACUUGUGGCAGACUUUCUGGCGCUAUUCUCCAUCCAACUCAAUAGAGGGCGUCACUAUUACAGAAAACAGUGGACUGAGUGAAAUCGAGGGCCGUCUGCCACGGGCCCAACUGAUCCUGAUCUGCCGAAAUGAUGCAGUCCUGAAGUGGAUGAAUGCUUGUGAUCAUCUGAUGUAUCAGGCCCUCGUGGAGAUCCUUAUCCCUGAUGUUCUGAGACCUAUUCCUAGUGCCUUGACUCAAGCCAUCCGUAAUUUUGCCAAAAGCCUUGAGGGCUGGCUCACCAACGCCAUGAGCAGUAUUCCCCAGAGAAUGAUCCAAACCAAGGUUUCAGCUGUUAGUGCCUUUGCUCAGACCCUCCGCAGAUACACGUCUCUGAAUCAUCUGGCGCAGGCGGCCCGUGCGGUCCUGCAAAACACCUCCCAGAUCAACCAGAUGCUUAGUGACCUCAACCGCGUGGACUUCGCCAACGUGCAGGAACAGGCCUCGUGGGUGUGUCAGUGUGAAGAGGGGGUUGUCCAGCGUCUAGAGCUGGAUUUUAAAGCCACCCUUCAGCAGCAGAGCUCAUUGGAACAGUGGGCAGCUUGGCUUGACAACGUGGUCGCUCAAGUUCUCAAGCCAUUUGAAGAUAAACCACUGAGUCUCCCCAAAGCAGCGCGCCAGUUCCUGCUCAAAUGGUCCUUCUACAGCUCGAUGGUCAUUAGAGAUUUGACCCUCAGAAGCGCCGCUAGCUUCGGCUCUUUUCACCUUAUCCGCCUGCUGUAUGACGAGUACAUGUUCUACCUGGUGGAGCACCGUGUCGCCCAGGCAACCGGAGAGACGGCCAUUGGAAUUAUGGGAGAGUUUCAGGACCUGAACACCAUGUCACCGGCCAACAUUGACAAAGAUGAGGUGAGCGAGAUGGACAGCGACCUGGACGAGGAGGUCGACGAGUCGGACGAGCCGCUCGCCAAGAGAGAAAAGGCAGAGACGGAGGUGAUUCAGGUUCUCCAAGUGGGGGCUAUGGAGGACGGCAGCAGCACGGUGGUGGGCGUGGUCCAGCCCAACAUUCUCGGAUCUUUACCCCAAACCACCGGCAGUCACACCGAGCUCAUCCUCGGCUCAUCCGGAACCAGCACCAUUCGCCACUGCGGCAGCGUGGGAAACACGUACGCCUCUGUGUGAACGCCCGAGACGUCUGUUUCUCUUCUCCUGUCUUUUGUCUCUCUCACUACCAUCUCUCUGUCUGUCUGUAAACGUCCAUUCUCAUCUUUAAUGAGACGUAAUCUACACGACGGUUUACAUCACAGAAACACGAUGCACAGCUGCUUCUCUUCGACCCAUCUGAAGCUCUACGGUGGGUCAUCUGCAAAGUUCUGAUGAACUACUCAAAGUAAAUCCACACUUGAAGAUGUGACGAGAUGCUGAUUGUAAUGACUGAAGCCCUCGUGUUAAUAGGAGACAUUUGUUGUCGUCGUCGUCGUUGUUGUUGUUUUUUAAUGACACAGAACUCAAAUCCAAGCCACUAACUCCACAUGAGAAUAUACCGUUUGCCUAGUCAAUAUUUAUCACUUCUCGAUUUUAUUGUACUGAUCAUUGUUUACAGUUUGGUUUAGAAGACGUAAUUGGCCAAAUGUUGCUUGCCGUUUGUCGUUUGGUUAGAGAGUGUAAAGUCUUGCUGGCUGUGUAACUGUGCUGCUAUGAUGGAAGCAGGCCAGACGACCGUACUGAACAUAUAAUGAGCUUGCCGCCUUUUCACCUUCUGUACUCUGCAGUCCUCCGAGUGUUUCCAAUUGCCUUCUGUUUGUAGACUUGUUGCUGUUUGGUAGGCUGAAGAAGACGUCUGUCUUUGUACAUAUAUAUGCUGCAUGUACAAAAUGUGUCGUGGCUCUUGGGAGUUUCAUUUUUUUACAGUUGGGACCAAAAACACAGGAGUGAGAGACGACCGGCUGUCCUAGGGCUUUAUCGAAGCUCUGUUGCCUCUCAAACCUGUGCGACAUUGCAGAGUGAAUGUCAGGGAUUUUCUGUACCUCGGGUUCAAUUUAGUGCCUUAACUCAAACAACAGCUUUUCAUUCCAUCUAGACGCUAAUGCGACCGUGAGGAGGUCGUUCGGUUCGGUUCAGACUGAAAACCACACCGUUGGAGAAUAUUCAUAGUCUCGCGUGUGUAGACAUCUGCCUUCUGAUUUGAUCGCCGUGGACUUUGGCUGGAUUUGUGCUCUGACACCAGCGGUUAUUGCAUGAAAAUUCAGGACGGAGGCCGUAACGUGUCUGUCGCUCAGCUGUCCAGGCUUGCCCUGUCCUUUAUCCACUGGAGUUCAGUGAAGGACGUUGUGCAUGUGCGUGUGUGCGCGCGUGUUUGUCGGUACGUACGUGAGAGCUCGAGCGCGGGGUGUUUGUCGUUUGAUUGUUGUGUGUUUGUACCUUGUCACCCUACCUCAUAUACCAGCACUGCUGGUCUCAAUGACACAACGAGUCCUGACGUCUAGAGUUGUGUCAUUCUUUGCUGGCCCACAUGUUGUCAUGUGAUUUAAAUUAAUUGCUGACCCCCACAAAAAUGAAUAUUUGUAUUGUGGAACAAACGUCGAUAUGCUACAAUAUAAAUCUCUAUAGGUAUACAAAUAUAUGAUUACAGUUAAAAGUCAUUCUUUGUUUUUUACCUGCAUGUAUAGCUGGCAGUCAGAAGUGGUGUUUAAUUUAGUAAUAGCUUGUUGUUUGUUUGGUUUCGUUUGCUUUUUUAAUAAACUAUGAAAUGGAAACGGGGUGUUAACCUGAUGGUUGUAAUGCCGUAAAAGACACUCCUAUAUCUCUUAAGUGCUGGAUUUGGGAAAACCGCAUCCGUUAUAUAUAUGUUAUAGAUGAAGUCCACCGUUUGGUUUCACUCGGACCACCGUAUGGACAGAUACGAUUUCUUUUAUACUUGACUUCUUAUCGACUGCUGUCCUAUAAUGAAAACACUGGAAAACCGUAGUUAAGUGUUUCAAUUGUCUUUACUACUGACAUAAAAAACUUGAUUCAUUUUUUUGUAA